CGCAAAUUAUUUGGUGGUUAUCGUAUAACACCCAAACAUUGUCGAGCUACCAAAACAUUGCCCAGUAGUGAUCCUAGAGCUAACGGUCCUACGAUAUGCAUGUUCAAUCAUGAGUGUGCCCAACGCAAUGGUGAAGUAGUGGGAGCUUGUAUGGAUGGUUUCUUAUUUGGAGCCUGUUGUCAAGUGCCCAAUAAUCAGCAACUCGAAAAUACCCUGAUAAAUGAUGCCCAAAAUUCCUACUACCAUCAAUAUCAAAAUCAAAAAUUACAGCAACAGGAAACGGAAACCAAUAAAAUUGUUUCGCAGGCAUAUGAGUCAUUUGCGGAAAAUUCGGCUCAACAGCAAUCGUUGGAAAAUAGUCAGGCCCAAGAUUCCGGUUAUGGAGGAGCGCUUAAUAAUCUUUAUAAUCUGGAUCGUGUUGAAGACAACCAGCAACAGGAUACAUCGGAGCAGAUUAACACCAGUAGUAGUACUGAUGGUUCUACCGAAAGUGUGGUUUCAAGUACCAGUGUGGAAAUUGAUUCCAUUACUCAGGCCAGCACAGAGGCACAAACAAAUUCGCCUCGGGAACCACCCAAAAUAAAUAAACACAAGGAUACAGUUAAGGUUUCUUCACCCCCACAAGCUCCUCAAAAUGAUGAUUUUGUUUUGCAACUCUUAAAUACUCCGCCACCGGUUGAAGACAACAAUGUCAUUAGUUUUACCACUGAACUACCCACAAGGAUUUCCAGCAUUUUAACUGAACAAAGUAGUUCAGAAUCCAAUUCCUUCGAGGAAGAACCAGCGGCUGUAACUAAUAAACCUUUAGCUGAAUCUGAACAGCAUCUGCAUCAUAUCGAAGCAGAACAGCAUGACGCAGACCAAUUGUUUGGUGGAGUUACCUUUACGCACAGUGAUAUCACACAUCCCGGAGCAGAUGCUGAUCUUAUAGAAGAUGAUUUGCAAUUCUCAACAGGUUAUGGUCCCCAACCAGUAUUUGUACCAGCUCCACCCAAGCCCAUUGAAUCUUAUGAUCAGGAUCAGGCAAAUAAACACACUUCAAAUUUAUUCGAUGCCACUACAUCCUCCUCCUCGAUAACCACACAUGUGGAUUCCAUCGAAACUAUUAUACAACAAUUGAAUAAUAACAACAGCAAUCCCGGUCCAACCUACAAUGUCAUAAAUCAUCAUGAACAGCAACAACAACAUCAAACUUCCUCUUAUGAUAAUGGCCUUGCAACUGCCACCAAGAGGCCAAUUGCAUAUGAUGAGCAAGAUAAUACAAAAUACACAUCCUCAUUGUCCUACAACGAAAUAGAACAUAAUGAUAAGCAAACUCCUGCUAAUGUAUAUGAUCAAACCUCUUCCUCACCUUCCCUGUCAUCAUCAACAGCUGGCGAAUCAACAACCGUUAAUGCAGUUUAUGCUGAUGAGUUUGUUCUUGAAGAUCACACCAUGCCCGAAGUCAACUAUAAUGACUAUCAAGCAUCCAAACAUCCUACAUCCGAUUUUAACAAAAUGCCCGCACUUGGUAUUGCUUACCCAGUAGAUAUGUCCUACAUGGAGGAAGGAGCCAAUUAUGAGUCCGAUCAGCAUCAAGAACAACAGCAAAAUAACAAGCACCAGCAACAACAAGAUACCCAAACUUCAUAUUUGGAUACUAAACAACAACCUAUAGCUUCUUAUAUAGGAGUGGUAACCUCUCAAAGCUACAAUUCACAGCCAUUACCCAACGAAGUGGUCGUCUCUUCUUACACCACUAAAGUAGAGGAGAAUGCCGAAGUGUCCACGGAGUAUAAACCCAUUAUAACAACCAAUCAAGUUACAACAACUUCUUAUAAAACUACCACAAAGCCCGUCAAACACACUGUUAGCUCUACAGCUUACACAAACCGGCCAACGCUAGUGACCAAGAGACCGAAUUACAAAAAACCUACUAAAGCCAGCAAUCAACGUCCCACAACAAAUUCACAUUCAACCACAAACAGUAUUACAACACAACAUCAUUACUCCACUACCCCCAUCGAGACAAAGACACCCUCACCGAUUGAACCGUUGUAUUCCAAGCCCACGUCUUCGUACAAUCACGUUGUUCAACAAGACUAUAUAAUAAGCUCGGCUCCCACAGCAAAACCUAUUGUCACGCGUAAACCAACGAAAAAGCACACGCCCAAACCUGCCUCAACUAGUUAUAUAACGGCACCUACAACACCACGACCAGUCGUUACGCCUCAAUUUCAAUACGAUCAAGAGGUUCCAGUAAUACAAGCCGAUGAUAAAUUGGACUCCUUUGUCCACAGCACAGCCGAAAGUCUGGCUUCAGCCACACCAACUCAAGAAACAUUGUCCUACGAUCCACCGGUAUUUGUUAGUGCAGGUUCGCAAGUUCACAAUCAAAGACCUCAGUACAACGUACACAAGAAACCGACAUUCGUCAAAGUUCAAGCCACCCAAAGACCACAUGCGUCCAAGCCUAGCAAUUUACAGACAACAGCCAGCACUUACAUCAUUGCUCAACAAACUACUCCUUUGACUGGUUACGGCAGCACUUCCUUUGUCUACAACUCUUUGGUAACCAGAAGACCGGACUUUGCUGAUAGCACCGCUGGUGAUUAUAUGGGCAUUAGUACGGUCAAUUCGAAUGAUUUCGAUGACCCAGGCUACCAUGGUUCUCCCGUUCAAGCUAAGCCCGGCAAACCCUCUUAUGUGACCGGUUCUACUGAAGCUGUUUAUCAAGUGCCCAGCGACGACAAACCUGCCUUCCCCGGCUACUAUGGGCCAACACCUACUUAUCCCGCCUUCCCAGUGCCUGGCGAAAAAUUAGAUUCACCCAUUGAUGAAGACAUCUAUACCGCACCCAACAAUGACUUUAUUAACUUCCCACCAGUGCGCAAUCCCAAUCUUAAUAUGUCGGCCACUUCUAGUGCUGUAACCAGCGACUUGGAACUUUCGACACCAGCCUUUGUGGAAGACACUGUAUUGAAAAAUAAAAUGAAUACUUUAGUACAUAAGAUUGUUGAAUCGUUGCAAGGAAACUUUGAAGCCUUGGCCGAUAUGAUAGACGAUAACAACAAUACUCUAGCCGUACAAACAUAUCAAGCUUCCCCCAUAGCAUCGACCGCAGUGACAAAGAAACCCACCCGCAAGCCAGUAACAAGAAUAACUACAGUCAAACCUAAGGCCACCACCAAAAAGCCCAUAACUAAAGUAUCCACCAAGGCUCCUAUCAAAAAACCCGCUACCACCAGAAAACCAGAGACAACCACUAAACGUCAAGUUGUAAGACGUACCACAACUACCACCAGAAGACCAGCUACCAAGAAACCAACACGUAAGCCAACUACAACCACAAAAGCGCCAUUAGAAGAUGAACUAGUCGAUGAAGAAGACGAGGAAGACGUUAAUCCCAGUGACAAUGAAAUUGUAGAAGAGGAAGGCUAUGGCGCUAGUGCAAGUGGACGUAAAAUACAAUGCGGCAUGAGACCACACGUUAAGUCGGGACGUAUUGUAGGUGGCAAAGGGGCCAAUUUCGGCGCUUAUCCAUGGCAAGUAUUAGUACGCGAAUCCACUUGGUUGGGUCUGUUUACAAAGAACAAAUGUGGUGGCGUGCUAAUAACAAGUCGUUAUGUCAUCACAGCGGCUCAUUGUCAACCAGGCUUUUUGGCUUCAUUGGUUGCUGUUAUGGGAGAAUUUGACAUAUCGGGCGAUUUGGAAAGUAAACGUGCUGUCACCAAAAAUGUUAAACGUGUAAUUGUUCAUCGUCAAUACGAUCCGGCUACUUUUGAAAAUGAUAUUGCUUUGUUGGAACUCGAAAGUCCGGUUACCUUUGAUACACAUAUCGUACCCAUUUGUAUGCCUUCGGACAUUGCUGACUUUACCGGACGCAUGGCCACCGUUACUGGAUGGGGUCGUUUGAAGUAUGGCGGUGGUGUGCCAUCUGUAUUGCAAGAAGUGCAGGUUCCCGUCAUCGAAAAUAGUGUGUGCCAGGAAAUGUUCCAUACAGCAGGACAUAAUAAGAAAAUUUUGAAUUCUUUCUUGUGUGCUGGCUAUGCCAACGGUCAAAAAGAUUCAUGUGAAGGUGACAGUGGUGGUCCUCUAGUGCUACAACGUGCCGAUGGUCGCUACGAAUUGGCCGGUACAGUAUCGCAUGGUAUCAAAUGUGCCGCUCCCUACUUACCCGGAGUCUAUAUGCGCACAACGUUCUAUAAACCCUGGUUAAGAAGUAUAACAGGAGUGAAAUAGACUAUUCACAUCUAAAACCUCUCCCCAUUAAUUCUCCAGCAUUUAACGAUACAAAUUAAAUUCUAACACCCUACACAACGAAUUAAUGUGCAUUACAUUUACUCACGAUUAUUUAAACAAAA